AAAAAAUGUCUAGUGAUACUAAAGUAGUGAUAGUUGGAGACGGUGCUAUUGGAAAAACAAACUUUCUCUUGUCUGGAGUAAACCAUAUCUUUCCUGAAGAUUAUAACCCAACAGUUGUUGAUAACUUUGUAACGGAAACAACUUAUAAUGGUCGUACAGUCGGAUUGACACUUUGGGAUACAGCUGGUCAAGAAGACUUUGAUGAACUCCGACAUCUUUCAUACUCAGAUACAAGUGUGUUUCUUAUUGGUUUUGAUGUUAGUAGUACGACAAGUUUGGAAAAUAUUCCUGUCAAGUGGAUAAAAGAAGUUCGUCACUAUUGUCCUGAUACACCAAUUGUACUUGUUGCACUCAAAUGUGACUUGAGAGAGGAUCCAGUCAAGGGUAAAGAAUGUAUUACAUCCGAACAAGGAGAAGCUUUCAAGGAAAAGAUUGGAGCUGUCUGUUAUAGAGAAUCAUCUGCCAAACAACAUAAGGGUAUUGAGGAAAUUUUCCAAUUGUGUGCUCAAAUUAAAUUGGAUCCUGAAUCUGUGGGCAUUAAACCAAAGAAUGCUUCAUCGAAUAAUCAGAAAUCCAAUCAAAAGAAGGAUGAUGAUAAGAAAGGUGGAUGUUUAAUGAUGUAAAUAUUUGAAACUUUACCAUUUUGUAAAAUAAUAAAUUCCAAAUUCAAUUUC